UUUAAUCCUAUAAAUGCGGCUCAACCAGCUGCCCUUCUCCCUUACCAAGAUGGCGGCAGCGCUGACGCAUCCGUCCGGAAGUUGUCGCCCUAAGGUCCCCCGGAAGUAGCGCUGAGCAGUUGUUAGCAGCUAGCUUGCUUUGUGGACCGUCCGGUCGGAUCUCAGGCCAGUUUGGAUCAGCAGCUGCAGGAAUGGGUUCAGUUCUUCCUCUCAGAGACUUUAUCAGGCAGAGACUGGAUGCUGCUGCGGAGGAGAUCUUCUCCGAGGUGGAGAAAACCAUCAUCCGCCUGGAGGAGGAGCUGGCCGCCCAGAGCAAGCUGCUAGCUGUGUGCCUGAAGCCGGAGGUCAGGCUGCAGAGGCUCGGAAUUCCUCCCAGACGGGUUUAUAAGGAAGAGGUUCUGACCGACUACGGGAGUCUCUGUGUUCAGAACAAGGUUGAACCAGAACCUCCACGCAUUAAAGAGGAGGAAGUGGAGCUGUAUCCCCCUGAGUUCACACAGAACCUCACAGAACCAGAACCUCCACGCAUCAAAGAGGAGGAAGUGGAGCUGUAUCCCCCUGAGUUCACACAGAACCUCACAGAACCAGAACCUCCACAGACCGAAGAGGCUCAGCAGCAGCCAGAACCUUUGCAGGGACAAGAAGCUUUGGAUGAUCCAGAAUCUCCUCGGAAUGGAGAUGAACAGUGUGGACCAGAACCUCUGCAAAUGGACCAGACCCUGGCUGAGCCAGACAGUCCGCAGAUCAUAGACGACCUGGACGAGUUAGGAACUUUUGACAUCGAAGAGGCCCUGUCAGAACCAGGAUGUCCACAGAUUAUAGACGACUUGGGCGAGUUGGAGUACCUGGACACAGAGGAGGACAUGGAGGAACCAGAACCCCUGGAAUCAGAAGAUGAUCAGGAAUCAGAAGACCCAGAAUCUCCCCAGAAUAAAUCCAGAAAAUUGGAGUUCUGGACCCGACAUGACGAUGAGAGUCCACUGCUUAGGAAGGAGUUUGAUACCUUUGUGCCGCGACAUAGAGAGUCCAAUAGCGCUGAACCAUCGGGGAGUUCUGAAGACGACCCGGCAAACGUCCAAAUACCAGAACAGAACCGUGUUUAUCAGGAAGACGUUCCAACUGAGCCCGAAAGGUUCCUCAGUGUGGAUUCAAAGAAACCAGGGUUUCUACAGAUUAAAGAGGAGCAGGAAGAAGUGAGCUCCCAGCAGUCCGAAGACUCGAAUGAACCCAAACCCUUUGUUUGUAAGACCUGUGGCAAAAAGUUCUCCAACAUGUUGCUGCUGCAAGACCACCGAGACACGCACCAGAACGAGAAGCCUUACUCCUGUGAGCUCUGUACGCGGCGCUUCACCCAUCAGCACAGUGCCUUCCGCCAUAUGAUUACGCACACCGGUGAAAAGCCCUUCUCCUGUAAGAUCUGCGGGGAAAAGUUCGGCUUGAACAGUCACCUGGUGCGCCACCUGAGGCGGCACACCGGUGAGAAGCCCUUCUCCUGCCACAUCUGCAACAAGACCUUCAGCCAGAGCAACUCCCUGACCUGUCACGUCAGAACUCACACAGGGGAAAAGCCCUACCCCUGCAGCGUGUGUGGGAAGGGCUUCAGCAGGAGGGGCGCUAUGAACAUCCACAUGAGGGUUCACACAGGAGAGAAGCCGUUUACCUGCAAAGUGUGUCACAAAACCUUCAGACGAGGGGAGGGGCUGAGGUACCACAUGAUGACGCACACGGGGGUGAAGCCUUUCUCCUGCCACAUCUGCAACAAGACCUUCAGCCAGAGCAACGCCCUGACCUGUCACGUCAGAACUCACACAGGGGAAAAGCCCUUCCCCUGCAGCGUGUGCGGGAAGGGCUUCGUCAGGAGGAACUGUAUGAAAAUCCACAUGAGGGUUCACACAGGAGAGAAGCCGUUUACCUGCAAAGUGUGUCACAAAACCUUCAGUCGAUGGAAUGGGCUGAGCUACCACAUGAGGACGCACACGGGGGAGAAGCCGUAUUCCUGCAAACUGUGUGGGAAAACCUUCAGACAAUCCAGCCACUUGCUGUGCCACAAGAAGCACUGCAAAAGGGUCUGACCUGCAGAAUGAAAACAUCUGGUUUUCUGAUCCUGUGCUGAAUGAGUUAAACUAAACUGGACCUUAAAGCGGCUCUUCUGGGCCCAUUGAUACCAGGAAAACAUCGGACACUUCGUUAACCUACUGCAGGUGGCCCUUCUAUCGGUCGCAACAGCGUUAGCAUAUUUAACGCUUGUCAUGUCAAAAAAGAAGCACAGGAGAAAAGAGGAGUGAACUUGUGUUGGGGGUUGGGCCUUCCUAUGAUUAAAACACCUGCACACCCAUGUGUGGCAGUUUUGACAGACAGAGGGAGAGACUGGCUCCUGGCAAGCAAAGUUAGCUAUUAUUAUAAUAUUGUUUAUUGAAAAAAAAAAAAAAAAGUUGAGGUUGAGUUAAAAGAUAUUGCAGUAUGGCUCGUGGCCUGGUAAUAUUCAGUUUGUUUGUGCUUAUGGGUGAGCCACAGUGGAAAAUCUUUGUUUUGAACUAAUUCAGUUUCUGUUGGUCAAAUUGUUUGUUUUAAACUAAUACACUUCUGUUUGUCAAUUUGUUUGAAAGGUUUUCAACCUAAAUCCCAAUCCUAGAUCCCAAAUAAAAAGCAAAAAUGGAAAAGGA